AUGGCCAAGUUACUGAUUUUAGCAGCCCUCGUCUCGUUGGCGUAUGCCAUCCCCUCUGCCACCGAAUUAUCGGCCUUCGACUACUACAAUAGGUAUGGAAUUCCCGAAGCCGAGAGGAUCCGUCAGUUUGAGGAGUCCCAGGCCUCCGUAAUCCAACCUAAGAUCGUGGGCGGCGAAGCUGCUGCAGUUGGACAGUUCCCUUACCAGGCUGGUCUAAUCGCUGACAUCCUCGGCAUCACUGGUCGCGGUGUGUGUGGCGGUUCCCUCAUCAGCGCCAACAAGGUCCUCACAGCUGCCCACUGCUGGUGGGACGGCAACAACCGCGCCUGGAGAUUCGAGGUCAUCCUCGGCUCCACAACCCUGUUCAGCGGUGGCCACAGAGUCUACUCCAGCAGCGUUGCCACCCACAACAGAUGGUUCCCUUGGCUCAUCCGUAACGACGUCGCUAUGAUCACCCUGCCCACCGCUGUGCAGUUCUCCAGUGUGAUCGCUCCCAUUGCUCUGCCGAGCGGAUCUGAAGUGGAAGAGUCCUUUGCUGGCGAGACCGCUGUCGCUUCCGGAUUUGGAUUGACCCAAGACGGUGGUGAUCUCCAAGAUAAUCAGUUCCUGAGCCACGUGGAGCUCAAUAUUCUGGAAAACCGCGUCUGCGCGUACGCGUUCCCCUCCGUCCUCCAGGACUCCAAUCUCUGCACCAGCGGCCGCGGCGGCAGAAGCACCUGCAGCGGCGACUCCGGCGGCCCCCUCGCUGUCCAGAGGAGCGGCAGACCUGUUGUGGUCGGAAUCACAUCCUUCGGUAUUGCCUUCGGCUGCGAGAUCGGCUGGCCGGCUGUCUUCGUCCGAGUUACAUCUUACCUCGACUGGAUUAACGCCAACUUCAUGAAGUCGGUUUUGAUUCUGGUAGCUCUCGCGGCCGUGGCCAUCGCAGACAAUGUCCAGGUGGCGGAAAACUUCGUAGAAGCUCCCUCGGUCUUCGGAUACUUGACCAAGUAUGGUAUCCCCGAAGCUGAGAGGAUCAAGAAGGCUGAGGAGGCGUACGUGAAGAAUCCCAGAAUCGUCGGCGGACUUCCGGCCGCUCUCGGUCAAUACCCCCACCAGGUCGGUCUAAUCUCUGACAUCGUAGGUCAAACUCUUCGCGGUGUGUGCGGCGGUUCCCUCAUCUCCACUAGUCGCGUGCUCACUGCCGCUCACUGCUGGUUCGAUGGUCAAAACCAGGCAUGGAGGUUAGAGGUUGUGUUGGGCUCAGUUCUGCUGUUCUCUGGCGGCACCAGGAUGCACACUAGCGCUGUAGUGAUGCACUCCAACUGGAUCCCAACCCUCAUCCGCAAUGAUGUCGCCAUCAUCUACCUGCCUAACCCUGUGCCGACUUCAGCUUCCAUUGCCCCCAUCGCUCUUCCAUCUGGAAACGAACUGAACCAAAACUUCGCUGGUGUACAAGCUAUUGCCUCCGGAUUCGGUGCCACAAGAGACGGUGUUGGUAUCUCCACUAACCAGUACCUCAGCCACGUGACAUUGAACGUGAUAGCCAACAGCGUGUGCUCUGUGGCCUUCCCUUUCAUCAUCCAGGACUCCAACAUCUGCACAAGUGGCAUCGGCGGUACUAGCACCUGUGGUGGCGACUCUGGCGGCCCCCUGAUCACCCAUAGCAACGGCAGGAACAUCUUGAUCGGUGUAACAUCCUUCGGAUCUGCCAUGGGUUGCGAGAUCGGUUUUCCCGCUGCCUUCGCUCGCGUCACAUCUUACAUGAGCUUCAUCAACCAGCACUUAAACUGACGAGACUGCUGUCUGGCUUGUAUAUAUAAAUAAAUUUUAAGUGAAAGUCUU